UUGCUGGAUCUCUCCACGUUCAGUUUUACCACCCACUUUUGCUAACAUCCUGCAUCAUCGGUCAGCUGCAGGUGGAUUUUUUCAAUUUUCACUUAAAAUUAAAUCGCUGUUUUCUUCGGAAAAUACUUAAGAAAAAAGAUAUGGUUCGCAUUCUGUUCGUUCACCCAGAUUUGGGAAUUGGAGGUGCCGAACGGCUCGUAGUUGAUGCUGCACUGGCACUGCAAAACAAAGGCCACCUGGUAAGCUUUUUGACUAACCAUCACGAUCCGGAGCAUUGCUUCGAGGAGACUAGGGAUGGAAAACUGCCGGUGAUGACGGUAGGCGAUUGGCUUCCGAGGGACAUAUUUGGUCGAUUCUAUGCGGUUUGUGCUUACGUCAGAAUGGUCUAUGCGGCUUUCUAUUUCACGUUUUUUCUGUCUAAGAGAGAGCGCUACGAUGUGGUAUUUUGCGAUUUGAUUUCGCUUGGCAUUCCCAUAUUUCGGCUCGCUAAACAGAACCCCAAGGUCUUGUUCUACUGUCAUUAUCCAGAUCAGCUGCUGUCCAAGCCAGAGGGUGCUCUGAAGCGCUACUAUCGGAUGCCGUUAAAUUUCUUGGAAGAGAUUACCACUGGCAAGGCUGAUGGGAUUCUAGUCAACAGUAAAUUCACCAGUCGCGUGUUCAAAGAAACAUUCAAACGGAUUUCCGUUGAUCCCGAUAUUCUAUAUCCGUCGUUGAACACCCAAUACUUUGAUAACACAGUUGUGGAAGAGAAAGACCAAAUAGCUGGGAUACCGGUGGAAUCUUUUGUUUUCCUGUCGAUCAAUCGUUACGAAAGAAAGAAAAAUCUUGCCCUAGCUCUACACGCUUUCGAGAAGCUUCAAGAGCUUCUGAACUCUCAUGAAUGGGCCAAAGUAAUGCUGAUUAUGGCUGGUGGAUAUGAUGAACGAGUUUUGGAAAAUGUAGAACACUUUGACGAGUUGGAGGAGCUAACGGAAGAUAUGUGUCUUCGAAGCAAGAUUCGUUUUCUCCGAUCGCCAAAUGAUCGCGAAAAACUUUACUUGCUGCAGCGUGCUCAGGCCCUUGUCUAUACACCGGAAAAUGAACACUUCGGUAUUGUACCACUGGAGGGAAUGUAUCUAGGAAAACCGGUAAUUGCAGCCAAUAGCGGUGGGCCAACCGAAACCAUUAUCCACGAUCAGACAGGGUUCUUGUGCGAGCCGGUGCCGGAAAAAUUUGCUGCGGUCAUGGCCAAACUGGUGAAAUCGGAUCGACAUGGUUGCGAGAGGAUGGGCGAGAUGGGCCGGAAGCGGGUCCAGCAGCGGUUUUCCUUCGAUGCGUUCAGCACCAAGUUGGACAAUAUCGUUACGGAUUUGGUUGCGACCCGGGGCUCCGUUAACGAUCGCAAGCAAAAAUAGCAUCGGCGCAUAGCUUUCCCACUGUCGACCUUUUUGCUCGUACAGGCUAUGCGGAUUGCCAGAACCGAUUGAACGGUAAAACUUUAUUCUCGUAUUCCGCAAGUGUGUGCGGGUGUAGCCAAAAAUCAUGAUAAAGUUGAUCUUUUUCUAGUUACUAGUUUAAAUCGUUAAACCACACAUUGAACUAACGUCGGAAAUGGAAUUGAGCUGUAUUCUAACGAACUUGUUUGGGAAAUUCCACCAAAACGAGAUACAAAAAAGUCUAAUGUAAAUAGUUAGCUUUUUGAUUUCAUUAGAAUACAUCCAGGUCCAUAUCUAAGCAGAAAAAUACCUAAUUACCUAAGUUUAUCUAUAACAUUGUACUGGUAGUUGAAUGGCUGCAACAGUUUGAUCAUGGUUUUGAGAAAUUAUUUUAAAAGUUCUGUAAGAAAGGAAAACUCAUUGUAAGCUUCUAAAAUAACUCAUUGACAAAAUGUAGUCUCAAUUUUUUUGGUUGUCAGAAGUUUAAAAUGUGGACUGGCAUGACUUUCCCUAUAAUUGUCUAGUUAGUGAGCUAUUCGUAUAAAGGCAUUAAAUUACAACUAUCAUUUCUUGACUAAAAAUAUUCUAUUAAUAAAACCGAUAAUGACACAAAAUUACUAAAAUAAUUGAUUUUUAUCGUUAUUGAUCUAGGUAUUUCCUUUUUUAUUCGUUCAUUUAAUUCUUGAAACAUCCUGAUGAUACACUCUCUUAAACUUUUUUUAUGUUCAUAAAUGAUCAGCAUAUACUAUAGGGAAUGUAGCGAGAAACUGAAACAACUGCCAGUAAAAGAACGAUGUGAAAUAAACGUGUUUAUAAACUAAUUUUCACGCCCUUAACACUGAACUUUUUGUUUUUUUUUUGUUAUAGGAAUUAAACUGUUAAUGUAAAUGUUGAUGUGAUAGCAUUUUAAUCCAACAGCAAUCGACCACUGUAUCUUCUUCCUAACCCAUUUUAAUAUAACGCAAGAUCCUUAAAAAAGUGGUCAAAAUUUGUAUUAGUUAUAAGAAGAAAAAGAAGCAAAAUUCUAUAUCAAGCAUGUCAAAUUGGGGAUACGCGAACCAUCUCAAAAAUCAUCAAAAUGUAAUAUAAUUUUGAAUUUGCUGUACUAUCUACAUAUGUUAAGUUUUUCAGCUGAUUCUGGCUGCGGCCCAUCAGGCUACAGAAAAUUUUUAUGCGGCCCGCACACCUCAAUGAGUUUGGCAUGCCUGCUCUAAAUCGACGGUUGUUUUCUGAAUUUUAUGUUCUGGAAAACAAAAGCUGUAAUCGAAAUAAUUUCUAAGUCAUAUUGCCAAGUCAUUAAAAAAUCCCCAGCAGAUUCUCCGCGUUAAAUUGAUUUUCAAUGUUGUCGUUAAGGAAGCUACCAACCUAUUCUUGGCGGUUUGGUACGCGUUAAUUAAAACAAAAAUGUGUAAGAGAUUAUUUGUCCAAUUUCAGUAGCACAUCUAGAUCCACUAAAAAGAUGCAUUAUAUUAUAGCUUUGAUUGAGUCCUUACUAAAGUAAAUAACUUAGAAGCACGUAAGCUUGUGGCUUUUUUAGUUAAAAUCCAAUCAUCCUUUUAAUCCAGUGAAGACUAAUAGAAUUGCUUAUAUUAUGUUAAAAUUUAAUCUAAAAUUUUUCCUAGUGAGUAGAAUAUACCGUGAAUUAAGCAAAUAUAAA